CCGGCCGGAGGUUUUAAACGUGGCGCGGAAAGCGGCGACCGGGCAGAGCCAAGCAGAGCGGCCUGCCAGCAGCAUCGGUACCACCAGCAGCACCAGCACCCACCAGGAUGUCGGCCACGCACUUCAACCGCGGCCCGGCCUAUGGCAUGUCGGCGGAGGUCAAGAACAAGUUAGCUCAGAAAUAUGAUCCACAGAGGGAGCAGGAAUUGCGGCAAUGGAUCGAGGAAACAACAGGGAAGCGUAUUGGUGAAAACUUCAUGGAAAGUUUGAAAGACGGAGUCAUCCUAUGCGAGCUCAUCAACAAACUCCAGCCGGGAUCUGUGCGGAAGGUGAAUGAGUCCACCCAGAACUGGCACCAGCUGGAGAACAUCGGCAACUUCAUCAAGGCCAUCACAAAAUACGGAGUGAAGCCCCACGACAUCUUUGAGGCCAACGACCUCUUUGAGAACACGAACCACACCCAAGUUCAGUCCACCCUCAUCGCUCUCGCCAGCAUGGCCAAGACCAAAGGCAGCAAGGUGAACGUGGGGGUGAAAUAUGCCGAGAAGCAGCAGCGUAAAUUCCUACCGGAGAAGUUGAAAGAAGGACGCAACAUCAUCGGGCUGCAGAUGGGUACCAACAAGUUUGCCAGCCAGCAAGGCAUGACUGCAUAUGGGACUCGCCGGCACCUGUAUGAUCCCAAGUUGGGCACGGACCAGCCCUUGGAUCAAGCCACAAUUAGCCUGCAAAUGGGCACCAACAAAGGGGCGAGUCAGGCUGGCAUGACCGCUCCGGGAACCAAGCGGCAGAUCUUUGAGCCUUCACUGGGCAUGGAGCACUGCGACACCCUGAACAUCUCCCUGCAGAUGGGGAGCAACAAAGGGGCCUCCCAGCAGGGCAUGACUGUGUAUGGGCUCCCUCGGCAGGUCUAUGACUCCAAGUACUGCCUCACGCCCAACUACCCCAUCAUUGGAGAGGAAGAGGACCACUACAACCACAGCCAACACAACUUCUACAACUCAGAAUAGCCGGCUGGGAAUGAGGGACAGAAUCGCAACAGGGGCCCGGGCGUCACGACAGGGUUUCUAAGAACAGAAGAUCCCAAACCAAACGGUUACCUUAUGCCGGGAAUUAGAAGAAAAUCCAGAUAGCUCCCUGAAAUGCAAACCAGCUUGCCUCCAGACUACGCCAAAGCUAGGCUUCGCCGCCGUCACUGAACCUUAACGCUUCUUCGUCUUGAUGCCUCGCACGCUGUUAAGUUAAACAACCAACCACUGCAGCAUCUUUUAAGAUUGCAUGGGUGCGGCUCAAAGCCGUCGGGAGAGGAGGUCACAGUAACAGAGGCCAAAGUGGGUUGGGAGAAGUGGAAACGGGGGGGGGGGGGGG